CAAAUAUUGAUAAAACUAAAACAUUCUAAGAGAUCGGGUGGUCACCAUGGAGUUUAACUUUCGGGUAAUGGGAAUAUGCCUAUUUUUGGCUUAUAGUUUGUCAUUGUCCAAUACCCAGCCAAGUGCUCACCGUAUUAGAAUUGGUAAUCCUCGUCUGUUCUGUGGAACACAGAGCCUCCGAUAUGUUGUCUCCGGUAAUCUUCCAAGAAAUGUUUCUAUGAGAGUAAGUGCUUUAGACCAGAAUGGAAAGCUUCAGCAUUUAUCCUUACACAGUGCCUGUGGGACAAGGCUCAGUGCGAACCCUAAUGAGUCUGUGACUAUUGCUGCUUCCUAUAAAGGAUGCUUUGUUCUUAAGCAGCAAUCCCGAUACAUCAUGACCAUCUCUAUUGAGAGGGAGGUUUCCCGGGGAAUGUACAGUUUCCCACAAUUGGAAAUGCUGGAGUGUCCAGUGUUUGAAGAAAAACCUGCUGUUAAUCUGACAAGCUAUACAAUAAAGCUUUCUGCUUCCCCAGACCCAGUGUUUUUCCCAGCUGUCAAGGAUUCCAGUGAAAUCUCUAUAAAAGGAUCUCCGGUCCUCCCCAAGUCACUGGAUAAAGAGUGGCUGAGAAUAGCUAUCGUGGUGGGUGUUCUUGCAAUUCUAAUAGCAACAAUCUGUUUAUUGAAGAAGAAAUGCAAAGACCAAGCUGUGAAAAUUUAAUAAAGUAUGAGCAAAUUUAUCUUGCAUGAUUAGCUAUUGUUCCCCUAAAUAUAUUCUCACACUCUG